AUGGGCGUGUACGUCCCUCCGGGUUAUUCACCUCCUUUUCAGGUGGUAGAUGACUCCCAUCAUGGCGCUUGGAUAAUCAUCACCGGCGCUCUGGGACUAGUUGUCUCGCUAGUCAGUUUUCUGAUUCGUCUUUAUGUGCGACUGGUGCUUAGCCCGCCUUUCGCAUACGAUGACUUUGUCCUGUUAGGAGCGACGAUUUUUGCAGUUGUCCAAAGCUCGCUCUUAUUCUGCGCUGUGUCUCACGGAUUUGGAACAGCUAUUGAUCUACUACAGCACGACCAGGUGUAUAACAUUCAGACAUUAGUCACAAUCAGUGACAUUCUCUACCUAAUCACCAUCUACGUCUCCAAAUGCUGCGUAGUGGGCAUCCACCUCCGUCUCACACCCCAAAAACUACAUAACCGGAUCUCCUGGGCCACACUCGCCCUCUGUACAGCAUGGAUAAUCACAUCAGUAUUCAUCAUCGCCAUCAACUGCGAGCUAAAUAGACCCUGGAAAGGCGCCGGAGGACAAUGCGUGAACCUGCUAAAACGCUGGCAAUUCAUCGUCGCAAUGGACAUUCUAACUGAAAUCCUUCUCUUCGGACUUGCAGUCACCCUCCUAGCGGGUCUGUUCAUGCCCCUCAAGCGCAAACUACCUAUCGGCUUUGCCUUUUUCUUUCGCCUUCCACUCGUCAUCUUCUCCAUACUGCAUAUCUAUGCUUUGAAUCAAAAAAUCUCAUCACCAGAUCCUACUCUCGCUGUCGUCGAACCGAUAUUAUGGGCUCAGGUUGAGCUGAACUAUGCCCUCGUUGCAUGUAGCGUGUUUUGUCUUCGGCCGUUCAUGGCGGCUGUGAGUACGAACUACGGGACAGCAGGCGAUACGAAUUUGGAGAGUGGGUCUGCGUCGAGGACGCCGAAAGAUCAUUCUUCCUCGUCGAAAUCAGGGACUAGAGGUUUGCCUUCGGUGGUUGAUGGGAGGGAGAGAUGGCGUGUGUCGCGGCUGGGGAGCGAGGAGAGUGGUACACCGAAGGCUGGACCUAUUAAUUCAUCUAUUGAGCUUGUGGAGAGGGAUGGAUCGGUCCCUAUUGAAUGUAGUGGAGGGAGGAUGUUUAUUCGGAAGGAUGUACAAUAUACAAUUGAGUUCGAUAGAAGGAGUUAG